CAGAACAAGGUAGAAAAACAGAAUAUAAACCCUAGCUGCUGCUACCCCUUAAACCCUAACAAAAUCAUCAUCAAUUCCCCAAACAUGAAGAAACCCAAAUCCAAACAAAACCGUAUCCAAAACAGAACAUCCGAGGUUCAAGAAAUCGAACUCCUUUCAAAAUGGAUCGAAUUCGGUAAACCCGAAUCAGGUUCCAACCCAUUAUCCCUCCUUCCUUUACCCGCAAAGUCCCCGGUUGGCCGUAUCGAUGAAAACACGUUUUCGCAGUAUGCCGGGUGUACUAAAUUCGAACAACUUCCAGUUUCAAAGAAAUUGAAAGAUGGGUUAAGACAAUCUGGGUAUAAAGUUAUGACUAGUAUUCAAAGAGCUUCUUUGCCUCACUCGAUUUGUGGCCGCGAUAUUCUCGGUGCUGCGAAAACGGGCUCCGGAAAGACCCUUGCUUUUAUCAUUCCUGUUCUGGAGAAAUUAUACAAAGCAAGAUGGGGAUUAGAGGAUGGUGUAGGUAGCAUUAUCAUGUCUCCAACUAGGGAGUUAGCAGACCAGAUUUUUGCUGUAUUAAAAUCAGUUGGAAAACACCACGGAUUUAGUGCGGGUCUCUUAAUUGGUGGUAACGAAUAUGAUGAAGAGAAGGAUCUUGUGAAUCGAAUGAAUAUAUUGAUCUGUACUCCUGGUCGACUUCUCAAGCAUAUGGACACAACUCCAAAUUUUGAUUGUUCACAACUACAGGUUUUGGUACUUGAUGAAGCAGAUCGAAUUCUUGAUGCUGGUUUUAAGAAGGAAGUCAAUGCUAUAAUUUCACAACUUCCAAAGCACAGACAAACCUUACUUUUCUCUGCAACACAAACAAAAUCAGUUAAGGAUCUUGCACGACUCAGUCUGAAGGACCCUGAAUAUGUUGCUGUUGAUGAGGAAGCUAUUGCUGCGACUCCUACUCGUCUUCAGCAGAAAGUCAUACUUGUCCCCCUUGAUCAAAAGCUAGACAUGCUGUGGAGCUUCAUUAAGGCUCAUAUAAACUCAAGAAUCCUUGUUUUUCUAUCCACCUGCAAGCAGGUGAAGUUUGUGUAUGAAACAUUUAAGAAGCUGCGUCCUGGGAUCCCUUUGAAGUGCCUGCAUGGAAGGAUGAAACAAAUAAAACGGACGUUCAUAUUACAGCAGUUUGUUGAGCAACAAUCAGUUCUAUUUUCAACCGAUGUGUCUUCAAGAGGUCUAGAUUUCAACAAGGGGGUUGAUUGGGUUGUUCAGGUGGAUUGCCCUGAUGAUGUCGCGGGUUACAUACAUAGAGUUGGCCGAACUGCCCGUUAUGAUUCUGCAGGGCGGUCAGUUUUAUUUCUCUUGCCUUCCGAAAUGAAGAUGCUCGAGAGACUGAAGGAGAAAAAGAUACCCAUUCAGUUUGACAAGCCAAACACAAAACGGCUGCAAUCAGUUUCUGGUUUAUUAGCUGCUCUGCUAGCCAAGUACACGGUUCUGCAACCUUUAGCUGAAAGGGCCUUUAAAACAUAUGUAAAAUCAAUUUACAAACAGAGGGAUAAAGAAGUUUUUGAUGUGACAAAACUUCCUAUUGAUGAGUAUUCAGCAUCCUUGGGUUUGCCAAUGACCCCACAACUCCGUUACCUCAACCGUAAAAAUUUAGAAAUAAAGGGCCCCACAGAAUCUAAUUUGGUACCCGAAAAGCCUGUGAAAAAAGAUUUGAUUAGACAAAAGUCAAGUAAUGACUUGCUUGAGGAAUCUGAAGAUGAUGAGACGCUCGAGUUACUUCGUAGAAAGGAAACUGCAAAUGGCGAAGAAGGGAAUGCGAUAGCAGUUGACAGUUUGCCUAUAACGAGAGUUCUUAAGAAAAAGAAGUUGAAGAUCAAUGUCCACAGACCAGUGGGGACUCGAGUUGUAUUUGAUGAAGAAGGGAACACGUUGCCACCACUCGCUACACUAGCGGACACGAGGACGGACUCUGCUCUACUUGAUAAAGAUAAAGUACUGAAGAGGUUUGCAGACUUGAAAGAAGAGAUGAAGUCACGUGAUAAAGAGGACAAACAACUGGAUCGUCAAAGGCGUAAAGAUAAAAGAAUCAAGGAGAAGAUUAAAUAUAAGAGGGCAAGAGACGAGGAGGACGAGGAUGAAGAGAAUGAUGACUUUUAUGGGUCAGAUAAAGACUCGAAGAAUGCCAAAAGAAACAAGGUGUAUUUCGAUAGUGAUAGUGAUAACGAGAGUAGAGAUAAGGUGGCAUUGAAGACUGAUGCUAUCUCUUUAGCCGAGCAAGAGGAGCUUGCCCUUAAGCUAUUGAGCUCUAUGCAUUCGUGAAUUUUGAUAUACUAGUUUUUUAAGGUCCAAAAUUUUUGUCCAAAAGUAAAAAAAGUGAAACCGCAGAAUCUUGUUUCAAGUUGAUGAGAGACGUAUUUUGCGCCAGAUUUUUGUUCGAA